GGUCUGCUGUGCCACAGCACUCGUGAACGUCCGAGAGAUCGAAAUCUGUUUUUAAUCAUCACUGGUUUAGAGCACGUCUCAUAAUUACAGUAUCUCUCGCGCACGGGCGGCUGUGUUUGUGCGCGGAUGUGUGGCUUUAUAUAGUGUGCCAUGUGAGGCAUUUUAGGGUGAUUUUCGCGUGCGUACUUACUCUCAGCGCAAGAAAGGCGAAGAAACGAUCGCGUUUAGUAGUGUGUGUGUGUGUGUGUGUGUGUGUGUGUGUGUGUGGGGCUCACGUUUCUCUUGCAUUAUUCAUGAGCAGCGGUGGAUCCUCCCAGGGGCGGAGUUAUUCAAAGUAGGCGUGGCGGUAAUAGAUGAGUGACAGAUGUAACACGAUCCGUGCAGUCGUAUUAGAGGCUGAUGGAUGUGGGCUGUGAUGUCCGUUCAGAGUGAGCUUCGGGCCGCCGGUGGGGCGAGUUUGCACGCUCACCCUCAACCCGUCACUGUUCAGGAUGAGGUGACCGCUAACAUGGUGCUAACCGAACUCGCUGGCGACGUGGCGACUCUACAUGUUGACCAGAUGAAAAACGGCCUGCAGUCGCGAGUCGAGACGCAGAAACUGAGCAAGCGGCGCUACACCAUGAGCGUGGGGUUCAAACACCCGAGCCUCAGUAAACGCAGGCGCCGCGCCAACUCCGAAUGCAACCCGGUGCUGCCCACCAACUUCCUGCUGGGCGGGAACAUCUUCGACCCGCUGAAUCUCAACAGCCUAUUGGACGAGGAGGUCAGUAAGGCGCUCAACGCCCAGACGCCCAAAUCGUCGCCGCUUCCCAGCAAAAACAGAGACCCGGUGGAGAUCCUGAUUCCCAAAGACAUCACCGACCCUCUGAAUCUAAACGGGCGAGGCAGAGACGCGGCUGCGGGCGUGUUAGUGUCGCCCUUGAAGAGCAGGCGCAGACAUCGCAACCGACACCAUCCGGGAGCGACCGCUGAGCCUUCAGAUGGUGAGAGGUCAAAGGUCGACGAGGGGUUGGCGUCGGGCCCGUUGUUUCCUGCCGAUACUUCGGUGCCUGACAAGGUUGCGGACACCGCUGCUGCGCUAGAGGAGUCGCCGCAUCCUUACAAACUCAACAUGUCAAUCAACUGCCGUGACGAAGUGGUGCCGCCCAUCCUCCCGCGGCGACGGCCACGCCCCUCCUCGUCUAGCUCCGCCCCUCAGGUGCAGUCCAGCCAGCUGUCCAAACACAGGAAGCACAGACGAACCAACAGCCGUUCGGACCGCCUGUCCAUCACGCCGACUCCGCCCAUCAAGNGCACAGCCGCGCACAGCCAGACGUUUCACACUCCUGUUGUGGGCGGAGUCGGUGGAGCUCCGCCCCUAGGGGCGGGGAAAACCCCACAGCAGCGGCACAGGACGCAGCACAGGUUCCAGUGCGGAAGCUACAGCCGUUACUACGGUUACUGCACACCGUCGCUGACCGCCGACCCGCGCCUGGCCGUGUUUAAACCCGAGUGGUUCCGCGGGAAAAAAGUCCUGGAUGUGGGCUGCAACACGGGUCACGUGACCCUCGCCAUCGCCAGACACUGGGGCCCCGAGCGCGUGCUGGGUGUGGACAUCGAUGGCGCGCUGGUGCACGUGGCUCGACAGAACCUGCGCUACUUCCUGUCAGAGCUGCACAGAUUGGACGAGAGCGGCAGGAUGUGGGCGGGUGAGGGGUCAGAGGUCAAGGCCGGGGGUCAGAUGGGGUUAGCGCCUCUGAUGGGCCUCCAGCUGGGCCUGUGUGGUCAAGCGUUACGCAGGUUUCCCGUCUCCUUCACGCGCUGCCGUGGACCCAUCGCCACAUUUCCCAUAAUGCCUCACGUCCCGGGCCUGUUCCCCUGCAACGUCUACUUCCUGAAGGUAAUCUUAUCAGAGAUCUGUCUGUUCUGUCUGUCUCUUCAGCCACACUUUCUGAGUGUCAGGCUUUGA